AUGGGCCUCUUCAGCUCGCCGCCGAAAGUGUACAAGCCGGCCGCCGACGUGGACCUCGGCCCCGGCAGCGACGAGUUCUACAUCAGCCCCAAUGUCAAAGCUCCUCGGGUCGCCGGGCUCCUGGUGAAGAUCUUCGUGUGGAUCCUGGAGAUGCCCAUCGUCGGGCCGAUCGUGCUCUACAUCCUCAAGAAGGACAACCUCAUCAACAAGCUGGUCUCUGACGCCGACAUCCCGGAGCCGCCGCUGUUCACUCCGACGCACAGCUGGGAAGACAUCCCGGAGCAGAACGUGCGGCUGACGAAGCCGGACCUGUCGGCGGCGGAGCGGGUGCAGGAGGCCGUCGGCUGCCUCCCGCUCCCGGCGCGGCUGGAGGCCACGCUGGCCGCCGACGCGGUGCCAGGCCUCAGGCGCUGGACCGUCCGGGACUUCUCCGACGCGUACAGGUCCGGCGAGACGACGCCCGUCCAGGUGGCGACGAGGUUCCUUGCGGCGGUGAGGGAGAGCUCGCGCCCUGGGAUGAACAUGGCCUUCUUCAUCAGCUGCGACCCCGACGACGUGAUGCGGCAGGCCAAGGAAUCCACCCUCAGGUACCAGAGAGGGGCGCCGCUGUCAGCGCUGGAUGGCGUGCUGGUGGGCGUGAAGGACGAGAUCGACUGCCUGCCGUACCCGACCACCGGCGGCACGCGGUGGCUGGGCGCUGUGCGGCGCUGCGAGGCCGACGCGGCGUGCGUGGCGCAGCUGCGGGCCUGCGGCGCCGUCCUCGCCGGCAAGGCCAACAUGCACGAGCUCGGCGCCGGCACCAGCGGCAUCAACCCGCACCACGGGUCGACGAGGAACCCGUACAACGCCAGCAAGGUCGCGGGGGGCUCCUCCAGCGGCUCCGCCGCCGCCGUCUGCGCCGGCCUCUGCCCCGUCGCGCUCGGCGUCGACGGAGGCGGCUCCGUCCGGAUGCCGGCGGCGCUGUGCGGCGUGGUCGGGUUCAAGCCCACCGCCGGCCGCCUCUCCAACGCCGGCGUGCUCCCGCUCAACUGGACCGUUGGGAUGCCGGGGAUCCUGGCGGGGACGGUCGAGGACGCCCUCAUCGCUUACUCGGCCAUCGUCGACCAGUCCCAGCCGUCCUACUUGCGGCCGGAACUGAAUCUUCCUCAGCUCAGCUGCACACCCUCCAUCGGCAACAUCAAGCUCGCCAAAUACGGAAAGUGGUUCAAUGACAGCGCCGAGGACAUCAGGAGCUGCUGCGACAAGGCUUUGCAGGCGCUGCACGCGCACUACGGCUGGCAGACUUUGGACGUGACCAUCCCGGAGAUCGAGCAGAUGCGGCUGGCGCACUACGUCACCAUCGGCUCCGAGUGCACCACGUCGCUCGCCAAAUACCUCGACAACCUGAAGAGGUCUGAGAUCGGCUGGGACGCGAGGGUGGCGCUCAGCGUCUACGGCUCCUUCAGCAGCAGGGCGUACCUCAACUCGCAGCGACUCCGGAACCGUCAGAUGUACUUCCACAAGCAGAUCUUCAAGACCGCAGACGUCAUCGUCUCGCCGAUGACCGGUGUGACUGCCUACACGCUGCAAGACGACGCACACGACACCGGCGAGCUCGACUACAUAAACGGAGGUAACGACAUCGAUCUUGCACAAUGCAUGUGUAUUACACCGUCCCGUCUGUCUGUCUGUCUGUCCGUCCUGACUAGCUCAUUGCUCACGCACGCCGUCGCCGUUGACGACGACCGUACCACCAAUGCAACAGCGGCGCUGAUCCGGUACUCCAUAGCCGGGAACUUCCUCGGCCUGCCGGCCAUCACCGUCAAUGUCGGGUACGACAGGGGUGGCCUCCCGAUCGGGCUCCAGUUCAUCGGCAGGCCGUGGUCCGAGGCCACCCUGCUCCACGUGGCCUUCGCCACGCAGCAGGCCUGCGCCAAGGGGUACAAGAAGCCGGCCGUCUUCUACGACCUCCUCAGCAAACAACAGGAGUGA